AUGUCUAACAAGCCGCAAUUAACGAGGGAGUCUACGAUGGCGGUUACAACAAAGGCUGGCAAAGAGUUCCUCGGUGAUGAGAAGCUGGGAGAUACGCGUUUGGGCACGCAGUCCAAACGGACCGCCAGGAAGGCCACGUUGCGGAAGGGUCAGUCAAUCAGGCGAACAAUCGAAGAAGCUAAACUGUUGUUGGGCAGCAGCGCUGGUCUAGCAGACGUAAACUCGGCCCGCCAGUUGCGUAAGCACUCCGCUCCGAUCCUUCUCUCAACUCCACGACGCGUGAAUAAGAAGGGUGCCGGCCGGCCACCGAAGAAGGCGAAGGCAGAGACUCCUGCUGCCACUGCCACCGCUGCCGCCAACAGUGCCUCCGCAGACGGCGCCACCACCACAGGUCAGGUGAUGAAACCUUGGUGGUCCGGUCCACAACUCCUUCACCAUUUCAGGCUCACGUCACUCCUACUCCUGGUGUAA